AAUAAUUUUUUAUAUGAUCAUAGAGAGCACAAACUACCACUUGCAGCAUCUGCGACAGAGACACCAUUACGACUUGCCAUGAAAGGAAUACGAAUAUACCCUUUUAAACUUUUAUGAGUUCUGUGCCAGAUCAAUUCCCUGUGUCAAAAGCUUCGGCGCAUCCUUCUCAACCAUGGCAGAGCAGUCAAGUAGCUUGAAUGAAAUCCAAGCCUUACAUUCGGACCUCCUUGCACUAUCAAAUUCUCGUCUUUCGAACCUCGAACGAUUAGCGAUUGAGCUCGAUGCUCAUAUCGCAGCUUUUCGUAACCUUUUGAACCACAAGAGUCGAAAUGAGCAAAGUCGGAAGAGUAUCGAGGAGGGUGUGUACUUUCCUAUGACCUCGAAUCAUCCAUGAAGAAUCAAAAUUAAUAUGAGUAUGAUAGGGAAAGUCGAGCGAGAUGGACAGAUUUAUAAGAUCAACGACGACUUUAAGCAGGGAACAUAUCAACUGGCGGACGAAUUGAAUCUUGAUGAGGUCGAGGCAUCCCAAAUCUUCUUCGACGCACAAGAUGAUGCCGAUGCGACAGGGCGCUCAAUUUUAUCCUGCUCUAUAAUCCGCUUCCAUCAGCGACGGAAGCUCUUGUUGGAUUGUUUGCGGCUUACACUUCAGCGAAAUGCCGAGUUAGAGGGCGACUCGGAGCAGGAGAAGGAACUGAAGGCUUACCUAGAAUAUAUCAUCACAGAGUCAACCCGUAGUGAACCUACAACCACAACUAAAAGUGGAGCUGCAACCUCAAUCAAAACAAGCACUGCGCCAACAUUUAUUUCAAGAUGCAUUUCUACUAUGGGAGAUAUCAGGCAUUGGCUCCAGAAGAUUUCGGACAAAGUUAGUAGUUUAUCUGUAUUGGGACAACCAUCGCAACCGGAUCUUUUAGAAAUCAUGGAGUAUCAGCGCCACAGUCUGGUCAAACAACAUGAGUUACUCGGUGUUAUCAUACUCUAUCUGGUAAAAGAAAACCAUUCCGUCGAGGGAGAUUUCGAGCUGCUCUUGGGGAUUUUGAAGAAAGCGGAUAAAUAUGAUAAUCUUCUGGGUAAGCCUUCUCCAUACUUGGAAAUUGGAUCAACCUACUACGGAAUAUCUUCAAUUUUGGAACAACACGCUUUUUGACUAACAAAUUAUUACAGUGCAUCAUUUUCCCGCUUUAGCUGCUUACAUUUGGCGUUAUGGUUCCCCAGAAGGUGGGUCAACGAUACAAGAUGCAAGAGCGCUGGAUAAGAAGAUCAGCGUCAAAACGGACCAGAAUUCAUGGGUGUUACCUUAUGCUCAUGCCGCAUUCCGAGCAUGGUGGUUGGCGGAGUAUAGUGGAUGGUAUGUGGAACACCAUGACGGACUACCACAUGGCAUUAAUCUAGAAGAUGGUGAGCUAAAAUUCAUGCAUUUUCCAGUCUCCAAGUCACUAAUCAAAUAUCAGAGGCCAAGCAGCGGUCUCAGCAGUUUAAUGAGGCUCUUAAGGAUGGGGCUUUUGAUUUUAUGCUGUCUCUUUCUGCUGAUGUCAAAGCCGCAACUUGGUCCGAACCGUCACGCCAAGGGUUUCGGUUAUGGCUACAGAGAAAGGCACCUCAGCUGUUGUCCGAUUCUGUAUCUUUCUCGGAUUUUUUUGAAGAUCAAUUCAUGGAGCAAUUACAGACAUUCAUCGAAAGUUUCAUAACGAAUCUACCAGACGUAUUGAGAAGGUUGAGGAUAGAUGAGGAUGAGCAACGUCAACUCAGUCAUGAGCAUGAGCACGAUCUAGAUCUGGAGCGAUUCAUAGUUAUCAUUUCUUAUGCCUUUGACGGCCGCCCAAAAGCUGCUUUGGACGGAUUUUGGGACGUCCCAGAUGGUGUUUUAAUCGGUUUCAUGUAUUGGGCUUCUCGACGUGCAUCAACCCCGCUGGUUUCGGCAUUUUGUGAAAUGCUCCAGGCAAUUUCAGGUGAUGAUGAGUGUGCCACUGCUGCACACGAAUUUUUGCUCGACGAAAGUCCUCAAGCCGGAAAAAUGAAGCGUGCUCAUGCCCUCACAUGGAAUCAAAUUUUUAAAGAGCUAACAUUUUUCACAAAUAAACUUCGAGAUCAACCAGUGCCACAAGCUCAGGCCUAUCGUCAUGGGAAGCCGAACCAUGACCAGGCCGAACUAGAGCCAGAAUCUUAUAUCAUGCUGGAGUCCUAUCUUCGCCUCAUAUCUCAGCUCUGUUCGCAUAGUGCAAUUGCCAGAUUAUUUUUGAUGCAGCAUCCAUCAUAUCAACUCACAGACCUGCUCUUCCAACUUGCAUCUAGUUCUAUUCCACCUCGAUUUAGAGCCGGUGCUUUCACGGCACUACGUUCUUUGCUAAGCAACAAAACAAAGGCAGCAGGCGAGUAUUUGUGGACAGCUCUGGAUAUAUGGACUUCUGGUGGAUACGUCCAUAAUCCUAGCACUCAAAGAAAUACAGCCCCACCAUCUUAUGCACCUGACGCAAUUCUCCGGAAGUUUGCUACGGGCUUUGAAGAACCCGAUGCGUUUAUUCUGCUACUCCAUGCUCUUGUAUUACCUUACGAAGAAGAUAGUGCCUUGCGAGAUGGCUUACCAUUCCCCGAACUUCUCGGAGCUUCUAGUCGCAUGCCUGGAAUAGAUCCCUACGUUGAUUUCGCAGUUGGCCAAGUUUUUGGAUCAAGAAUGAGUGAAAUAACGGAUCCUAUACAGUUGAGACUGCUGCAGUUGACUUGUCUUACUUUUAUCACGACUUGCUUGGAAAGUUUCAACGAAGAUCUCGUGAUAUUUGCAAAUCGUUCUAACGUCUCAGUCGACACUGCUAUAAAAACGUCCGAUCUGCAGACUUACGUUUUAUUGCAUCCAUUUUCUAGGGUAAUGGAGUGGAUGUACAACUCCAGCGUGAUGGAUGCUAUAUUUGCUGCAAUUCAUCAAGACGUUAGCGAAGUCGUCAGUGCUGCUCCUGAUACACCAUCAAUUAUGUGUCUCCUCCAAGGGAUACGUGCAGUUACAUUGAUUAUGGACCUGCAGCCAACUUACCGGGACAUCGUCCGACCUCUAAUAAAGCGUGAGGCAAGUCAUCGCCGCACUCCGGUUCCAAAUGCCGCGUACGCAUCUUUCGAGGACGGAGUACUGAAUCACUUGACUAUCAUUCCUGAUUUGGGCUUAUACUGUAGCUCUGGCAACCCUGAAUUGGUCAUGGCAUCCCUGAAACUACUCGAGAAGCUUUCCGCAUCACCACAGCUUGCUGCUGCCCCUAAGGCAGGUAGCAGAAGGAUUGAUCGUAAUAAGGCAAUAGCUGCGUUGGAGGAAAAUAAUGCAGCGGAGGCCAUCUCACGCGCACUACUACAAGAGAUAGAAGCCAGUAUUGAUGAAGCCCAAGGCCCAACAUCUGAUUCGUAUAUCAUUAAAGUCCAAAUAUUGGAUUUCCUCAUCGCCUGCCUCGAGGCUUGUCCAGGGCAGACUACAAUAGCGCACCUCCUUCUCGGGUUCCAGUGUAGAAACGAUCAUUUAGAGGUCGAUGUGGAUUCUCUUUUCAGCCGUCGAAUUUCAUUAUUUCAUUCGAUCUUGACCUUGACUAACGAUAUAUCUUUCGAGGGUGGGGAUAGCGUCUCCUCAUGGCUAGUCUCCCUGAGAUACAAGUGCCUACGACUACUUAAGCAGCUAUGGCACUCUUCUAUUUCGUCCAGCCUUGUUAUGAUAGAGAUGCGGUCUAAUAAUUCAUUUUUCGAAUUGUUUAUCAGACAAACUCUAAUUAAGCCGGGGUUGUUAUGGGAUGACCGAGAUCUCGCAGAUCCGGAAUUCUUGGAUUCAACUUCCGCCUCCUGCCUUUCAAACUUUUUAAACCAACGGGCUGUUGUCUUGCAAUACACAUCUGCUGAGUUACGCCGGAUAGCACUCAGUCAUUUGCCUUCCUUAAAGGAGCGGAUGUUCAAUACAUUACUCGGAUCGACAAUGGUGGAAGAGAACCAGCAAAUUGACAAUUGUUCGGUUUUUGACCUUUUCGACUUCAUGGAUAUUCCUUUGGAUCAAUCAAUAGCCCUUGGCUCAUUAUCUUGGCUGAAGGAUAUUGAUAUCAGCGUCUGUGAGGAAGUCAAUAACGAUUCACCUCCAUUGUGCAACAUGGUGAAACUCGAAGAGCUUCUGACUUUAAGAAGAUCUGAGCUCGCUGCUACGAAGAGACUUGAAAACCCUCAAGACGUGACUACAUUCAAAAAUGAAGCCCAGCUCAUGUUUAACUACUACUUCAUCGAUAACAAGUUGAAGGAACUCCAAGCAGCUCGACACAAGGCGCUGCAGUCUUGGGUUCAGUUAUUACUCGUGAUGGUAGAGACCAUGGCUUAUGACGAGUCGACCAAAAUAGUAUUUGUGUUGCAGACUCUGCAAAUAAUCCUACCCAGGCUGGAAAACUGCCUUGAAAAUGCAGCUGACGCAUUUGAGUUAGCCAAACUCACUAAGGCACUCUUGUUUAGUCUAAACCUGGAUUCUGACGCUUUCAAGGAAGGUGACUUGGGACAAAAUCUAAGUGACAAACUCUUUCAUGUGUUCGAAUUGUCACUCAGAGCUAUCAAUGCCGUCGGUGCUAACGGUCCUCUGAAAGAGCUUUUCUAUACCAUCAGCUAUCGCUAUCUUACGGGAACGUCGGAAACUGAUAUUCACGUUAGUACUGAGAUAGAUAAACCCAAUAACCUCGACGGCGGUUCUCGUCGCGCCGGCCGAGGCGAUCGCGCUCCAGCUCCUUCUCACCCCGGAUUACGCAAACCACAUAGCACACAAACUGUCAAAUUGGCAGGCGAUCGAUUAAUAGAUAUAGUUUGCGACGAUGUCCUGGUUGGCGAGCAAAAUUGCCGAAUUGCGGCAUUGCUACUUCUUGGAGCCUUGGUGAAAAAUGCCAAACAAGAAAACUCCAAUUACAUUAUUGAGUCUCUUAAUCGCCUUAAUUUCAUAAGUAUCCUUGUGCACUCCAUUGGAGACUUGGGAAAUGCUUUACAAGAGACAUCACGCGAAGGUAAGAAUGUAUCCCAGGUCGGAGAUGGAUACAACUAAUUUGAUGUAGAUGCUGCUAUAAUACUCUCCGACUUCUAUGCGAGAUUGGCACUCCUUGUUCACAUAUCGCAAACUCGCACCGGAGCUACCGCUGUACUUAACUCCGGCCUGUUUCACUCCAUUUUGGUUUCAGGGCUGUUUGCCAUAGAUACCGACCUCGAGAUUGGUGAGUCCUUUUAAGUAGAUUCUACGCACAUGCUAAUUUAACUUAGAUUUCAAUGAUUCGGAGGCUGCCAGCAGACAUUACAGCUUACUUGCGGCAAUAAUGAGAGUGAUCUGUUGUGCUCUUGUGAGUCGUGGCCUACAAAAUGAGCAGAGUUUGGACCAAGGGAGAAGAUUUCUCGCCGACAACAGAGCUGCCAUCCUAGCUGUACUUAAAAAGUCUGCAGGACUUGGAACUGGUAAUGACUCCGCAGAGCAAAGCAUUGUUGAUAUAUCGGACUCAUUCAUGUUACUCAUGACUAUAACUCGCUUUGUUGAUGUAAGUGAUAUGCCCUCCAAUAGCUUAGCUUAGUUCGACUUCUAACAACAUUUUUAGUUUGAGGAGAUAACUGUUCAGAAACGACCCACUCUGAGAUCAUUUACUUGAGAGGAUAAGUUUGGAUCAGAUAUUUUGUGUAUUAAAUAGGCGUGGAAUGAUCAAAUAGGGAAUUACCCAUUAUAAUGCCUAAUCCAAAAAUACAAAUGAACUGGAUGCUCAUGCAUAGAGUUUAGAAUGCC